UUUCUGGAAAUAAUAACGAUUACUUCUAGUCUCAUGGUUCCGUUUCUUUUCCUUUCGCAAGGUUAUUCCCUUAACUAUAUAUAAGCAAGGCAGAAUGUUUGGAAUUGAAGUCUCCUGCAAAUUUUGGCAGAACCUGCAAUUUAGACCUUUUAACAAUUUAGCCUUUGCAUCUCUACAAAAUCUCCAUAAAUCCAGACACCAGUUUGCAAUGGCUAAUUGUUCCACUAACCUUUCAGUAAAACAACCAAUAACUCACGUUGUUUUCGACAUGGAUGGCCUCUUACUUGACACAGAGAAAUUCUAUACUGAAGUCCAGGAAAUUAUACUGGCUAGAUACAAUAAAACUUUUGAUUGGUCUCUAAAGCCUAAAAUGAUGGGGAAGAAAGCAAUUGAAGCAGCUCGUGUUUUCGUUGAGGAGACCGGGAUUAGUGAUUCCCUUUCAGCUGAGGACUUUAUUAUUGAAAGGGAGGAGAUGCUACGAAGCUUGUUUCCGACUAGUGAACUCAUGCCAGGAGUCAGCCGGUUGAUCAGGCAUCUCCACUCAAAAGGAAUACCAAUUGCCUUAGCAACUGGUUCUCACAGGAGGCAUUUUGAAUUGAAAACACAGAGACAUGGUGAGCUUUUCUCCUUGAUGCAUCAUUUUGUCCUUGGAGAUGAUCCAGAAGUUAAACAAGGAAAACCAUCACCAGAUGUAUUCCUUGCUGCAGCCAGGAGAUUCGAGGAUGGCACUGUAGAUCCACAGAAGAUUCUUGCUUUUGAAGAUGCGCCCACAGGUGUUCUUGCAGCCAAAAAUGCUGGAAUGCAUGUAGUAAUGGUUCCAGAUCCAAGACUGGAUAGCUCUUAUCACAAGAAUGCUGACCAAGUUUUGUGCUCUCUAUUGGAUUUCAACCCGAGUUACUGGGGCCUGCCGUCUUUCGAAAACUCGGAAAGCUAACCUUGCAAAUUUUAUUAGUGUUAUGCCUUGCACAUUGCAAACAGAUUGAAAACCAAAACAUUCUUUUAGUGCUACAAAAUGAGAUUGAUCUGAUCCAGGGAUAUGUCCUUGCUGGUUUGGUCAUGGGACUUGUCUCUACAGGCUGGCCUUUAGCCCCAUUCUGUUUUUAGGAAGUUGGAUUCAACUUUGAUUAGAUUGCUGAUCUUAGGAAGCAGUAUUCAAUUUCUUAUCAGAUAGCUAAUCUUGCAAUGGUCGAAGCUUAUAUAUCAGGAAAUAUAUUUACCAGUCACCUUAUAUGUUUGGCAAAAUGCAUUGUAAGCCUCUGAAUUUUUCAGUUUUAUUUUAUUAAGUCCCUGAAUUUUUAUUUUA